AAAGAGACGGGCGGGCUUACAUACUUACAUAGGCUACAGUGAUCCUAUCCUAGACCAAAACCUGCAGAGAUCGGCUGUGAAAUAUCGCAGCGGCUGCGUAACAGGCCAUUGAUAGCAUUCACCCUGGGUAUUGGUACAGGGGACAAAGGCUCUGGAUUAAAAGGAGAUGGCAGGUAUUUUGGCGUGGUUUUGGAACGAAAGAUUUUGGCUUCCUCACAAUGUAACGUGGGCUGAUUUUAAAAACACAGACGAGGCAACGUUCCCACAAGCCGAGGAUCUGUAUCUGGCGUGUCCUUUAGCAUUCUGCAUCUUUAUGAUACGGCUGGUGUUCGAAAGGUUCAUUGCUAGACCAUGUGCCUUGGGUCUAAAGAUACAAGCCAAUGGACCACUGAAAGCCCAGCCCAAUGCCAUCUUGGAGAAGGUUUUUACUGCAAUUACUAAGCACCCAGAUGAGAAGAGGUUGGAGGGCCUGUCCAAACAGCUGGAUUGGGACGUCCGCACUAUCCAGCGCUGGUUUAGGCAGCGCCGCAACCAGGAGAAGCCCAGCACCCUGGCUCGCUUCUGCGAGAGCAUGUGGAGGUUUUCGUUUUACCUGUACAUAUUUACCUAUGGAGUUCGUUUUCUUAAAAAGACACCGUGGCUGUGGAACACCAGAGAGUGCUGGUACAACUACCCUUACCAGCCGCUGUCUGUGGACGUCCACUACUACUAUAUACUGGAGCUGUCCUUCUACCUGUCUCUGCUCUUCUCCCAGUUUACGGACUUCAAGAGGAAGGAUUUCUUGAUCAUGUUCCUUCACCACCUGGCGACCAUCUCCCUCAUCACCUUCUCCUACGUGAACAACAUGGCGCGCGUGGGCACGCUGGUCAUGUGCGUCCACGAUGCCGCCGACGUGCUGAUGGAGGCAGCCAAGAUGGCCAACUACGCCAAGUGCCAAACGCUCUGCAACCUGCUGUUUGCCAUGUUCGCCAUUCUCUUCAUCAGCUCCAGACUGGGUGUCUAUCCUGUGUGGAUUUUAAACACGACCUUGUUUGAGAGCUGGGAGAUCGUGGGGCCGUACCCGUCCUGGUGGGUGUUCAACCUGCUGCUCACCCUCCUGCAGCUGCUCCACAGCCUCUGGGCCUACCUCAUCGUGAAGACGGCCUGGAGAGCCAUCUCCAGGCGGAAGGCAGGGAAGUGGACCCCUUUACAUGUGUCCAAGGACGACCGCAGCGACAUCGAGUCGAGCUCGGACGAGGACGACACGCCCCCGGCCAAUCGGAAGCCCCACAGCAGCAGCAGCACCAAUGGGACGAGCAGCAGAGUCCACGGGACCAACGGCUACCUGACAGGAGGGCCCUGUCCAGACGAACACUGACCACCCCCACGGGACACUACAGCAUCACUGGCACCAAGCUGCAGACAUCCAUUCAUAGAUCUGUGUGUGUGUGUGUGCGUGUGUGUGUGUGCAUGCGUGCGUGUAACAGGGGGAGAGACUUGAACAAUGUUGCUUGUCUGGUACUGGAAGUUCUUAAUAUAAUAUUUGAAGGCAGUCCUGUCAUCAGUUUGGUUAUUUACCUGUUCCCUCUCUACCAUUUUAUGAUCAUCAUCUAUAUUUGCAUCAAACUGCACUCAGUGGAAUAUCAAAGCAGCCCUGUCUGUUCUGCCUACUCUGUUUAGCCAAUGAAUGAAAGCGUUCCACUUUCAUGGUAUAAGCAUGCUAUUUACACGUAGUCUGGCAUACCUAGGUGGUCACUUUGUAUGUUGGUGUCUUUUUAUGUUAUUUAUUCUUUUUAUAGAUAUCUUUUCAAGAUUGUGGUAAAAAAAAAAAAAAAAGAUGUCUUAUCGGCAUGUCAGUGUUCUUCAUCCAAUCUUAAACAAUCCACCUGUUUUUUUUUCUUUUAAGUUCAGCAUUACAUCUACUUCAGACACACACGGUACAAGUCUUGGCAAAGUGCUGAAGAACUGGUUUCGAUUUUCAUAGUGCACCUCGCCCGUUCAAUGCCAUAUCAUUGGUCAGAUUAGUUUCACUCACAGAUGAAUAGAAAGGUGUAAUACGGAAUACAUUAAUAUGGACAAUGCAAACACAUGGUCCACUCAUAAACUGUAAAUGACCUAUCAGUCACAGUAUUGUGUGUGUGGGAUAACAAUUAAUUCAAAUUCAGGAAUUUUGUUAAGUAUUAUACAUUUCUGGUACAAGUUUCAUGAAGUGUCGUGGUCCUCUUUAGAGGCAGACACAAUGGUGUUUAAAUGAUUCAAAUAAAACCCAUGAAGAUAUUAAAGAUUGCAAGUUAGAAA